AUGCAAGGGAGUGAAAAAGAGAAUCUGCUUGGGAUAUACUACAGAUCGAUAUUUCCUAUGGAUGCAAUUGCAAAGUGGCUGCGGUAUAUUAAGACGCGGGAGUUUUCCUUUACCCUGCAGAAUGACAUAUACAUUCGCUACAUAACAGUGAAUACUGCGGAUGAGCUGGCUGUGCGGAUGGCAGUGGAUGUGCCGCAGAAGCUGGACAUUGGCGGGGUGUAUUUGCACAAGCCUGCUGCAGUAACCACUGAAAACAUGUGCAUGAUCAAGGAGCUGGUUUUUGAUAUUGACCUAACCGACUACACCCGGGCGUGCUGCUCUGAUAAAGACAUGUGCGAUAAGUGCAUGCCCUUAAUCAAGUGCGCGGUAGAGGUGCUGGAUAAUAUUCUGAGAAAUGUUUUUGGGUUUUGCCACAUUCUUUUUGUCUUCUCUGGCGGAAGAGGGGUGCACUGCUGGGUCAGUGAUGCCAUAGCCAUGACACUAACCGACAGAGACCGCGCAAACAUAGUAGACUAUAUUAGCAUGCUCCCAAAGAAAAACAUGCCCGAGAUCGAAGCCAUACUUAAAAAGUAUCAGGAUAUAAUGGGGCUUAGUGAAAAGGCCUUGAUUGGAGAGGUAUACUCGAGGCUCUUCCCAAAGCUGGAUGCCAAUGUAUCUAGACAAACCAAGCACUUGCUUAAGUCUCCGUUCUGCAUUCACCCAAGAACAGGGCGAGUGUGCGUUCCAAUUGACAUCAAGGAAAUAGAUGCACUGAGGCUAGAAGAUAUACCAACAGCAAGGGAUGUGGUGCGCAAAAGAGAUAUUCUAGAUAAAUAUGUAAAGUACUUUCAGCAGCAUGCGUCGCAGAUUAAGUAG